UAAAUAUUGCUUCGAAGAAAAAAAGAACCAAUUUCUGAAGGCUCAAGCCUUGGUCCCUUGACCCUUCGUACUAUCCAUUUCUAUCAUUAGUGCACGUAGUUGCCACCCUACAAAAUAUACCUUAAGGCAUGGAGAUUGAUCAGUCAACAAUUCAAGAGAAGGCCGGACCUUUAACACGUGCAUGGGGCUUGCUAAAGGCUUUGCCUGGUAACGCCGAGGCCGAGAUUUUACGGGUUGCAAAGAGCAUAAAAAAACUUGGAAAGGAUGACCCAAGAAGAAUCAUCCACUCCCUAAAAGUGGGACUAGCUCUCACACUGUUGUCCUUAAUAUAUUACUUGAGGCCUCUCUAUGAUGGCUUUGGGACUGCAGGAAUCUGGGCUGUGCUAACUGUGGUGGUAGUUUUCGAAUUCACCGUCGGUGGAACCUUGAGCAAGAGUUUGAAUAGAGGUUUUGCAACAUUAGUAGCUGGUGCUCUAGGACUUGGAGCUCAGCAAUUGGCCAGUCUCUUUGGAGACAAAGGGGAUCCCAUUGUCCUUGGAAUCCUUGUUUUCUUGUUAGCUGCAGUAUCUACUUUCAUGCGAUUCUUCCCUAAAAUCAAAGCUAGAUAUGAUUAUGGAGUCUUGAUAUUCAUAUUAACAUUCAGUUUGAUAGCUAUUUCGGGGUGUCGAGUUGAAGAACUCUUAGAACUGGCACGUAAAAGGCUAUCAACAAUAAUAGUCGGUGGAGCAACAUGCAUAGUGGUAUCCAUCUGUAUCUGUCCUGUUUGGGCUGGUGAAACUCUUCAUAACUCGGUUGCUGCCAAUAUAGAAAAGCUUGCAAGCUACCUAGAAGGUUUUGGUGGUGAAUAUUUUCAGUCCCGUGAGCGUUCCAAUAGCGACAAAUCAUUUCUUCAAGGAUAUAAAAAUGUCCUCAAUUCAAAAUCCACUGAAGAAUCCAUGGCAAAUCUUGCUAGAUGGGAACCUAGACACGGCCGCUUUCGUUCCCGGCAUCCAUGGAAACAAUACUUGAAGAUUGGAGAGCUCACACGUCAAUGUGCUUACCAUAUUGAAACUCUUAAUGGCUACAUCAACUCUGACAUCCAUGCACCACAAGAAUUCCGAUGUAAAAUCCAAGAACCAUGUACACAGAUGAGUGCAGAAUGCGGCAAAGCACUGAAAUCACUGGCUUCGGCUAUCAAAACCACGACUGUUCCAUCCUCAGAAAAUGUCAACGUUGAGAACUCCAAAACUGCAGUCCAGGACCUCAAAAUUGCUCUCAAAGCUGUCUCACUUGAGCACGAUCAAGACCUUUUACAAAUUCUGCCAGAUGCAACAGUUGCAUCAAUACUAGUUGAGAUCGUUAUAUGCGUGGAGAAAAUAUCCGAAUCAGUACACGGGCUCUCUAACCUAGCACACUUUAAGAGUGUUGAACCUACUGUGUCACCAGAGAAACCGCACAGAGGAAGCAUAAAACCUGUUUCAGAGGGUGACAGUGAUCAUGCUGUUAUUACAAUACAUGGAACAUCUCCAGAUUCUCCAGGAAAUGAGACUCUAAGGCACCAAAGCUUGGCCAACUAGGAGAAGUUUAAAUAUGGUUGGAAAUUUAUUUUAAAUAAAUAAAUUAUGGUUAUAUGAGAAAUUAAUUUUAAAAAACUUUUGAUUUUCUCAUUUAAAAGAACUUUUUAUUUUUCUAAAUUUAAUUUUUAAUUUAUAGCUAAUUAAUAGUUGAUAAUAGUAAUAAUUAAUUCUUCAACCUUUUAAUUUCUAAAAUUUAUUAUAAAAAAGAGGUGAAUAAAGAGUUUUUAACUAGAUUUUAUUUCUAGAUUUUUCCACACUCUCUCACUUUAAUUUUAGUGUUUUGAUUUUCUUUUAUGCUUUGGUUUUUCUUUAAAUUCUAGAGUUUAAGUUUAU